UCAAAUUUGGGAGUGCCGGCUGCUUAGGGAUUGCAUUUGCAGGGAAAUCUUGUUCUUGUCGUCGUUCCUGCUACUGUUGAAUCGAUCAAGCGAGAGAGAGAUGAGGACAAGAAGGGAGGAAGGUGAAGAAGAAGAAGAAGAGGAAGGUGGCAUGGCGGAAGAAACGGAAAGCGGCAGCAGGAGAUUCUAUGGCUGCUACCUGUUGGUGUCUUUGAGCCCCCGCCACAAAGGACAAACCUAUAUCGGGUUCACCGUGAAUCCGAGGCGCCGCAUAAGGCAGCACAAUGGUGAGUUGAGGUCAGGAGCUUGGAGGACUAAGAACAAGCGCCCCUGGGAGAUGGUCGUCUGCAUCUACGGCUUUCCGACUAAUGUCUCCGCUCUCCAGUUUGAGUGGGCGUGGCAGCACCCGAGAGAAUCAGUAGCAGUAAGGGAGGCAGCUGCGAAUUUCAAGUCCCUCUCGGGAAUUACCAAUAAGAUUAAACUCGCAUAUGCGAUGCUUACCCUCCCGCCAUGGCAGAGUUUGAACGUCACCGUGAACUACUUCUCGACAAAGUAUUCGAAGCACUCUGCUGGCUGUGCUAGUUUGCCCAAGAAAAUGAAGGUUUGUAUUUGCCCGAUGGAUGAGCUUCCGUGCUAUGUCGAUAGGAGUUUGAUCCAGAAUGACAAUGAGUGGGAAGAUUUUGGUGAAGCCAGCAGUGAGAGUGGGUCUCUAAAUGAGUUGGUUGCAGACGGAGCAGUCCAUACUUCACCUGCUGAUGAGCUUGUCGAACCUAGUGAAGCAAACGGCAGGCAACAAUUAACAGAAGCGCCGCUUGUCGGAGCUCAAAGUGGAUCGCAAUCUUGUUCUGCAAAUUCACCCAUGCGGGCCUCAUCCCCCAUUAUGCCCAAUCUCUCUUGUUUGGAAGAUACUCAGAAUGGUAGGAGUAUGUUUGCCUCUAUCCAGGAGUUUGGUGUCAAGUUGGACCAGCCUCCUGGAAAUCAAGCAAACAUGCUCGAUAAAGUUCAAGGACCAACAAGCAGCAACCCAGUUGCCUCCAAGGAAGUUGAGAUAAUAGAAUUGAUAACGCCACCUCCUGAUCCCAGAAGCAGGAGGUUGCAGGGUAAGAGGAGAAGAGUCUCCACUGUGUGUCCAGAGAUCAUCGAUUUGACCAACUCUCCCGUUUUUGUUCAACUGUAGAAUGUUGUACCAUGAGCUAUCGCAGCUGACUGGAAAAAAUAAAAGUCCUUAGCAAAUGUUGUAUGUAUUACCAGCAGCUGUGUUUCGACUUUUCAAUUGAUGACUUAUUGUUUCCUGUGACUGCAAUCAUCAUCCCCUGUGCAGGAUGAGUUUUACUGGGGGCAUGGCUUGUUGGCUAUAAGCAUACCAUCUUGGUGUCUGCUUCUUCAAUGUAAUGUCUUUGUCAGUUGUGAGAAAUAAAAGAGUAUUUGCUGCACGAA